GCCCGCCCGGAAGCGGAAGUGAGCGCAAGCGGCGGGGGAUUCCCGGCUGUGGCAGAGCGGCGGGGACCGCGGGCCAUGGGGGACGACAUGGACGUGAUCCCCGAGCGGGAGAUGAAGGAUUUUCAGUUCAGAGCACUGAAGAAGGUCAGGAUCUUCGAUGCCCCUGAUGAUCUUCCCAAAGAGCGCUCCAGUCUCCUUGCGGUGUCUAACAAAUAUGGGCUGGUCUUUGCUGGUGGAGGAACCAGCCUGCAGAUCUUUCACACUAGAAAUCUCCUCAUGCAAAACCAGCUGGGAGAGGAUCCCAAUAAAAUUGUGGAGAACGUUCAGAGUACUUCAGUUCCCAUGAAGUUUCCAGUGCAGCACCUGGCUUUAAGCUGUGAUAAUCUCACGCUGUCUGUGUGUAUGAUGUCCAGUGAGAUCGGUUCCUUCAUUGCCUUUUUUGAUGUCCGCACAUUCUUAAACCAGGCAAAACAGCAGAAGCGUGCAUUUGCUUAUCACAAACUGGCCAAGGACUCGGGAAGCACAGCAGUGGUCAAUGACCUGAAGUGGAACCCAGCCAGUCCUGCCAUGGUAGCCAUCUGCCUGUCUGAUGGCAGCAUCUCUGUCCUGCAGGUCACAGACUCUGUGAAAGUGUAUGCCACGCUGCCUUUCACUGUAGCUGUUACAUCUGUGUGUUGGAGCCCAAAGGGAAAACAACUGGCUGUAGGGAGACAAAAUGGCACCGUGGUGCAAUAUCUGCCUAAUCUGCAGGAGAAGAAAGUGAUCCCUUGUCCUCCUUUUUAUGACUCGGACAACCCUGUUAAAGUUUUGGAUGUGCUGUGGAUUGGCACAUAUGUCUUUACUAUUGUGUAUGCAGCAGCUGAUGGGACACUGGAAACACCUCCAGAAGUGGUCAUAGCCAUAUUGCCUAAAAAGGAAGAGAAGCGACCAGAGAAGUUUGUGAAUUUCAUGGAGCCUUGCUACGGGAGCUGCACAGAGAGACAGCAUCAUUACUUCCUCAACUAUGUUGAGGAAUGGGAUCUGGUCUUGGCAGCUUCAGCAGCUUCCACAGAAGUCAGCAUUCUUGCCAGGCAAGGGGAUCAGAACUGGGAAUCAUGGGUUUUGGAGGACUCCAGCAGAGCAGAACUUCCUGUGACAGAUAAGAGCGAUGAUACUCUGCCUGUUGGUGUUGCUGUAGACUACACCAGUAACAUGCCUAUUGUGAUCAGUGACGAGAAGACCCUUCCUCCAGCUCCAGUUCUGAUCCUGCUCUCUACGGAUGGUGUGCUCUGCCCGUUCUACAUGAUCAAUCAAAACCCGGGGGUUAGAUCACUGAUUGUGACCCCAGAGCCAUUGAUGUUAGUAGGGGAGAGAGUUCCAAAGUCAGCAGGAAGUACUGCCACAACUCCAACCACUCCUCCAACUUCUUCAAAGCCUGACACAGCACCAGGGGUUGCUCCUGCUGCGCCUGCCUCAAGUCAGGCUCCUGCAGCAGGUGGAGCAGCUGCUUUUUCCUUCAUGCCUUCAACUGUGAAGAUGCCCGGCUCUACAGGCAGUGAUCCUCCACCUUACCCCUUUGCCGGUGAAGCCUCCAAGCAAGCCCCGACUCCCAGUCUGACUGGAGCAGCAACAUUCUCUUUCUCCUCUGCUUCUCCUAAGUCAUCCGUGACCCCUGCUGCUUCUGUAGCCACUACUACAACUACUGCCACCUCCUUUUCAUUUGGAUCCAUGAACUUCAAACCAGCUGCAGAGAGCUCACCAGGGCCACCUCUCUCCACACCACCUGUUGCACAGAAGACCACUUUUGCCACUUCGGCUUCUUCAGUCAAAGUGAACCUCAAUGAGAAGUUCACUGCUGUAGACACCUCUUCUCCCACUAGCAGCAGUGGUCAGUGCACUUCCCCAAUGUUUUCAUUCUCCAGCACUUCAAAAACUGCUUCUGGAGCUCCUCUGAGCCAGUCCACCCCCCCUGCAGCUUCUCCCACCACACCACUGAAGGCUUCGACACCUGUGCCUGCUGCAGUGUCACGUCCUGCUCAAAACAUGCUUUCCACUUCUUCAGUACAGAAGACAGCCAAAAUCACCCCUUCUGCAGCAAAGCCAAGCUCUACUCAGGGCAAAUCAUCAGUCCCCAACACAGCUCUAGAUAAACAGGCCCACCAGUGGAAGGAUUCAGACCCUGUCAUAGCAGGAAUCAGAGAGGAGAUUGCACAUUUUCAAAAGGAAAUGGAGGAACUGAAGGCCCGGACUUCCAAAGUCUGUUUCCAGGUUGGUACGCCAGAGGAAAUGAAGAUGUUGCGAACUGAGUCGGAUGAUCUUCACACUUUCCUCUUGGAAAUUAAGGAGACAACAGAGUCACUUCAUGGAGAUAUUUGUAUUCUGAAGACAACCUUGCUGGAGGGAUUUGCAGGGGUAGAAGAGGCUAGAGAGCAGAACAAGCGGAAUCAUAGCUCGGGCUAUCUACACUUGCUCUAUAAGAAACCUUUGGAUCCCAAGAGUGAAGCACAGCUUCAGGAAAUUCGGCGCUUGCACCAGUACGUGAAGUUUGCUGUUCAGGAUGUGAAUGAUGUUCUGGAUUUGGAGUGGGACCGGCACCUGGAACAGAAGAAAAAGCAGAAGCGUCUCAUAGUUCCUGAGAGGGAGACCUUGUUUAACACCCUGGCUAAUAACCGGGAAAUAAUUAACCAGCAGAGGAAGAGACUAAACCAGCUCAUAAACAGCCUGCAGCAGCUCCGACUUUAUAAUCAGACAUCUCAGUGGAGUGUUCCCAGUGAUACAUCUUCUCUUAGCAGUGCUCAAAGUUUUGACAGUGACCUUGAAAGCCUGCGCAAUGCCUUGUUGAAAACUACCUUGGAAUCACAUGCCAAACCUCUGCCUAAAGUACCUGCUAAGUUAUCCACUGUGAAACAGGCACAGCUGAGGAAUUUCCUAGCCAAGAGAAAGACUCCACCAAUUAGGUCUACAGCUCCAGCGAGUUUAUCCCGAUCUGCCUUCUUAUCCACAAGAUAUUAUGAAGAUUUGGAUGAAGUCAGUUCAACAUCCUCAGUUUCCCAGUCACUGGAGAAUGAUGAUUCACAGGCAGUGGAUCAGGAAGAAGAGGCUGCUCCAGUCCAAGUCCCUCGUCAUGCUCCUGUGGUCCGUACUCCCUCUAUCCAGCCUGGUUUGAUGGCACAGUCUCCAUCCUUUGGGAAGCAGCAGCUCUCCCUGGUGUCUACAUCUCCAAACCGAAUCAUACCGCAAGGGGCAGAUAGUACGAUGCUUGCAACAAAGACUGUGAAACACGGAGCCCCUGCUCCCACUGUCACUGUUCCAGCACCACAAGCAGCUGCUGCUGCAGCUCUUCGGAGGCAGAUGGCUAACCAGUCCCCAGUUGUAAGCACUUCCUUGACUGAAUCAACCCUGAAAAACGUACCUCAAGUGGUGAAUGUGCGAGAACUCAAGACUAGUGCAUUGACUCCAGCUGUCUCUGCAGUCAUAGGGUCGUCUGUACCUCAUUCUGCAGCCCAGGCAGUCCACCAAGUUUUGGCAACUGUUGCUACAAAUCAAGCUAAACAGACACCUCUAUCAAGCUCACUUAAGGGACAGACUCCACCUUCCUCUGUGUGUGCACCCUGUCCCGUGGCAUCUACAGCUGGUCCAGCAUCUUCCAGCAACAAAAUCUCAGGACAAGGGACAGUAAAAACAGUUACAGCUGUGACUUCUUCUACCGUGCCAUCCAUACAAGCAACAACUGCACAGCUUAACAAAGCCUUCUCCUUUUCUUUUGUGGGGUCUGGAUUUAAUUUUAGUGUUGUCACAUCAGCUGCUUCAUCACCGACGCUGCCCAGCCUGGCUUCAUCACAAGCCCCUGCUAAGGAGUCCACCCAGACCGACUCGUUUUCACUUGCUGGGGGUUCCAAAUUUGGAGUAGCCCCUGAGAGCUCCUUCACUUUUGGGUCCCUCAAGCCAGCAAGUGCUCCAGGGGCCUUAGCAGGAAACAGCUCCUCAGGAGAUGGUACCCAGCCAAACAAACCUGCAGCAACAACAUCUUCUGCUCCAUCCACAACGGCUGGCAAGUUGGAUGUCCCAUCUAAAUCGGGAGAUCACUUGUUUCAGAGCAGUAUAGCUGGGGAAACUCUUGGGAGCUUCUCAGGACUACGGGUUGGUCAAGUAGAUGAUAAUGCCAAAACCACCACUAAAGCACCACCUACCAGUGUUGUAGGAGCGCAGUCAUCUAAGGUAUCUACAGUACCUUCUGGGUUUACUUUUGGUGCUCCCCUGUUAGGAAAAACUGGAGAAGCUGCUUCAACCUCAGUCACAUCAGCUGGCACAGCAUCCCUGUCCAUCAGCACUAGUGCCACAGGCAGUCUCUUUGGUAAUGUCCAGAUAACCAGCACAGGGUCCUCUGGGGUAUUUAAUCUUGGAAGCUCUAGUGGCAGCAAGCCCACCUUUUCAUUUGGUGUUCAGCAAGCAAACAGUAUGAGCACGUCCAUCUCUACCCCUUCUACCUUCUCCACGUCAACGUCCCUCUCAUUUGGAAAUUUCUUGAGUUCAACACAAACUGCUGCAGCUUCUGCUAAGGGUGCAGGGGAUACCAAAUUACUGUUUGUGCCAGAAAAGCCAUCUGAAAGUGAAGCUGUAGCAGCUGGAUCUUCACCUCCAACAACACUCUCGCCACAGCCACAAAUACAGCUUUCAGAGCCCAUUAAAGAACCCGCUUUACCCCAGGCCACAGCUGGGGACAUGGUCUCUGCAGGCUCUGGCACCACAUCACCAGCAUCUCCCCCUGAUGCUGUUGCUGCUCCUGCCGCCACAAGUGAUUUGAAGGCACCAGUGCCUCCUGCUGUUCCUGCAGCUGCCCCACCGGAUCAGAAUGUCCCAGCAGCAACUUCUGCAACAAACAUUGCCUCUCCUGCAGAAGGCACAAGUGUGUUGGCUGCUACCUCUGAUGCUACUACAUGUGUUCAAAGUCCAGCUGUCGGUGCUCCUGUGUUUGCCCCCACUUCUGCAGGCUCCUCGGUGUUCUCUCAGCCUUCAAGUUCCAGCUCUUCUGGCUCAGCAUUUAGCCAGCCUGCUGGUGAUACAACUGCUGCUCCUUCCACACCACCUGUGUUUGGACAACUGCCAGCAGGUACCACAGCAUCCUCUCCGUUUGGACAACUCACCACCAGUACCUUGGCCACUGCCACCGCUACUACACAGGCUGCCAGCUCAGGUUUUGGUACUUCUGCUUUUGGUACCACCACUACUGGGGGCUUUGGUCAGCCAGCCUUUGGACAAGCACCGACCUUUGGGCAACCAGCAAGCAGUUCUUCAGGUGGUUUUACCUUUAGCCAGUCUGGGUUUGGGGCAAUGCCAGCCUUUGGCCAGCCAGCAGCUUCCACAGCAGCCUCAAGCAGUGGCAGUGUUUUUGGAGCACCAGCUAGCACCAACAGUGCCAGUUCCUUUUCCUUUGGACAGCCAUCGGCCAGCACUGGAGGUGGGCUCUUUGGACAAAGCAGCCCUCCAGUGUUUGGGCAGAGCACUGGCUUUGGGCAAGGAGGAUCAGUCUUCGGUAGCGCUGCCACCGUUACUACUACAACAUCAUCUGCUGGGUUCAGCUUCUGCCAAGCUUCAGCAGGUUUUGGUUCCAGUAACACAGGCUCUGUGUUUGGGCAAGCAGCUAAUACUGGAGGCACCGUCUUUGGCCAGCAGCCAUCUUCUUCCAGUGGAGGCUUGUUUGGAGCUGGAAGUGGUGGGAGAGGUGGAGGCUUCUUCAGUGGUCUGGGAGGAAAGCCAAGUCAGGAUGCAGCCAAUAAGAAUCCCUUCAGUUCCUCCAGUGGAGGAUUUGGAUCUGCAGCUUCCCAGAAUUCUUCCAGCUUAUUUGGAAACAGUGGAGCAAAGACUUUUGGAUUUGGCAGCUCAUCUUUUGGAGAGCAGAAGCCUACAGGCACUUUCAGCUCUGGUGGUGGAAGUGUGGCAUCUCAAGGCUUUGGAUUCUCCAGUCCAAACAAAGCAGGUGGCUUCGGUGCUGCUCCAGUGUUUGGCAGCCCUCCCACUUUUGGGGGAUCCCCUGGGUUCGGAGGGGUGCCAGCAUUCGGUUCAGCCCCAACCUUUUCAAGCCCUCUGGGCUCAACGGGAGGCAAAGUGUUCGGCGAGGGUACAGCAGCAGCCAGCGCCGGAGGAUUUGGGUUUGGUGGUACCAGUAACAACACAGCAUCGUUUGGCACACUAGCAAAUCAGAACACCCCGACAUUUGGCUCGCUCUCACAACAGGGAACCGGUUUUGGCACACAAAGCAGUGGAUUCUCAGCUUUUGGGACAGGUGGAGGAGGGUUUGGGUUUGGAUCAGCUAACACAUCUUCCUCUGGAUUUAGUGGAUGGAGAAGCUAGAAACAUCCUGAGCCCUCCUGCAGAACUGCCAUAGCUCCUGCAUUCAUGGAUCGUCCGCACGACCAAUACAGUUUUUCUUUGAAAUACAAGUUCUCAGACUUUUUUUUUCCUUUUUUUUUUUUAUUUUAAGAAAAAGAUUUUGCUUAUUUUUAUGUAACACUUGUUCUCACUCUAUAUUAAACUAUUUUAUCUGCCUUGA